ACAAAUAAGACUUUUGUUGUGGUUGUCUUUGCUUAUUAAGCCAGACUCUCUAGAAACAAAAUAAGUGAAGGGAAAAAAACUAUCCCAAAAGCAACCAACACAUUUCUCUGUCUCUCUUUCUCUCUCUCUCUUUCACUCACUCUCUCUUUGUUCCAUGGACUUGCAACUGAAACAAUGGAGAAGUCAGCAGCAGAGUGAGUCAGAAGAACAAGGCUCUGCAACUAAGAUAUCAAACUUUUUCUUUGAUCAGAUUCAGUCCCAAACUACUGCAACUUCUGCUGCUGCUCCUCUUCCUCUCUUUGUCCCUGAACCCACAUCUUCCUCUUCUUUCUCAUGCUUCUCUCCCGACUCUUCUUCUUCUUCUUCCAGGUUCCUCAAGGUAGGAAACUUUUUCAGCUGGGCACAGUGGCAAGAACUUGAGCUACAGGCACUGAUCUACAGAUACAUGUUGGCUGGUGCUUCUGUUCCUCAAGAGCUCCUUUUACCCAUCAAGAAAAGUCUCAUCCAUCAAUCAUCCUCUAUGCAUUUCCUUCACCAUCCUCUUCAACAUAGUUUUCCUCAUCAACAACCUUCUUGGUACUGGGGAAGAGGAGCAAUGGAUCCUGAGCCAGGGAGGUGCAAGAGAACCGACGGCAAGAAAUGGAGAUGUUCGAGGGAUGUUGUAGCCGGUCACAAGUAUUGCGACCGCCACAUCCACCGUGGACGCAACCGUUCAAGAAAGCCUGUGGAAACCGCCACAACCACCACCACAACUACAGCCACAACCGCCCCAUCUUCUUUUGUCUUAGGAGAGGAGCUUGGUCAUGGACCAAACAACAACAACUUCUUCCCCUCUGGUUCAUCUCAACAUCUCCACCUUAGUCAUCAACAAAGUUGUUCUUCAGAGAUGAAACAAGAAAGCAACAACAGCAGUAACAAUCACAAGAGGCCAUAUGAAGCUCACAAUGGAUUCAGCAAUGGAAGAUCAGACGAUGGUCACAUCUUGAGGCCUUUCUUUGAUGAUUGGCCACGAUCAUCAGACUCUACCUCCAGUCCAAUGAGAUCAUCCACUUGUCAUCUUUCCAUCUCCAUGCCUGGUAACGGUAACACUUCUUCAGAUGUUUCUCUAAAGCUUUCCACAGGCAAUGAAGAAGAAGAAGAAGAAGAGAACAUGAGAAACAACAACAACAAUGAGAGGGAGCAAUUGAAUUGGUGGAGCAAUGGAGGGAACCAUCAUAAUAUGGGUGGACCAUUAGCUGAGGCCUUGAGGUCAGCCUCUUCGACACCAAGUGUUCUUCAUCAGAUGGGAAUCUCAACUCAAGUCUUUCAUUGAAGAAAACUGUUGUAAUCUUUUGUUGUCUGGAUUUUUGUUCUUCAUUUUGUUGGUUUUUGAAUUGUUUUGUUUCCUGGUAUGCUAGUAUAUUUAUGUCUGAAGUUUGAGACUUUGUGUAAUGAAACUUUUGUUUCUCAAUCAAAUUAAUAUGAUCCUCUGCAAGUAA